AUGUCAACGCCGGCCCCAUUCUCUCGUCUUCAAUUAGCAGCAGCAUUGCUAGAGUAUGACAACGACCUUGAUGAUCCAACCGCUCCUUAUAGAUCAGCGCAGGAUAGUGCCAUAUUCGCACAUCUACGACGCAACCCUGCAGCUCGUCCAGACCUGGCAUCUCGGAAAAGCGAUCUUUUAGGAGUAUCCCUUCCAAGCGAUUCUGCCAGUCUUGCGGGAAGAGAAUCAGCCUUAGAUACCAGACGGUCAAGAGCAUCCAAAGCCUCACUAGAUGCGUUGAGGAACCCUUUUGCAGUGGAUAAUACUUCAGAAUUCGGCGAGCCAGCUGAAGAAGUGGAAGAUGAGGGCCUCGAGGUUGAUCUGGCAUCCUGGGGAUUGGAUGCAUUCAUACCGAAAGAUAAAUCGAAGUCUUCUAAAGGGAAAGGCAAGCAACCCGUUCCCGCUAUAGUUUCUUCUCGUCUGCGCCGUCCAUCUACCAACUACGAUGCCUCUGCCACUUUGCCCCGGCGUGCAGUAGUUACCUCCAAGUCGGCUAGUCUUGGUGGAAAUAUCGAAGAUCUCCACGUAGGACUACAGGGUCAUCAGGCAGAAAGACGUCGCUCAUUUGGGUCUCCAUUAGAUCUAGUUGGCAUGGAACCUCCUAGCGUACCAUUUCAACGCCCUCGCGUGGAAUCACAAACAUCAGAGAAAAUAUCUAGUCCUCCUUUGGUACCAUUUCCAAUAUCCUCAGCACGUUCUCCUUCUCCCGGAGCCGAGCACUCGUACGGAGAGUCUAAAGGUGGGACGCAUGGUCGAGCUUACUCUUCCAUGAGUAUGAACUCCAGAAUGAUUUUGGAUGAAGGAAGAGAAGAUAAUGCUGUCAGACAGCGCAACAUUUCAAAUGAUACUUUAGGAAUGGUGAAACCACAAGAAGACAACCCAUUUGCCAUUCAAAACCCUUCUCACAUUUCACGCUUUGAUCCAAAAUCGGUCAUAAGAGCGCGUUCUUAUUCUAACGCUUCGAUGGGUUCAAGAAUGAUGUUGGAAAAUGACAACGUAUCCGUUAUGACUGGUGAUCCUUACUCCAGGGAGAGGCCUCUGUCAACGCUGGAGCUUCUCAGGCCAAAGGUUCUGGUCAUGCCGAGUCCACUACAACCAAUAUCAUCUCAUGCUGGCGUACAACCGCCUCUUAAUGUCAGGGAAGGGUUUGAAUUAUCCGCAGAUGGACCUCCUCUUCCUCCGGGAGCUCGUUCGUCGAGAAGAUUGUCCUCGUCCAUGUCUCCCCUCGACAUUGAAAAAGUCCCCCUUGCGUCAAAUUCGUUUACCCCAAACCCAUUGAUGGAUCUUACAUUGUCUCAAAAGACUUUCCGCAAUACCCUUGCAGUUCCUGGACAAUCUAUGUAUCCCGAGGGAGUCAACAGACUCCCUCGAGCAACCGAAGAAGGCCAGCAAGCGGAACUUGAUCCAUUAGGAAAGGAGGAGUUGGUGGAUCCUCCAAUACCCACAGAAGGUCCUACCAAGACAUCUCGACCAGCAGGAAAACUCUACGGCAAAAGUCUCAUAGAUGAUCUUGAGAAUCGUAAACUCCAAAUGCGAAGCAAACAGAGGGUUUUUACAGGGGAUCAAAGACCUUCAAUGAUGGCUCGUUCAAGUACUUUAAUUGAUCCAGCAUCAUUGCAAAAGCGACCUACGAACGAUCGGACAAGUUCAUACGGCCCCCCAAACCCACAGAGUGGACUUUCCAGACAUCCUUCAUCGACUAUGAAGCCUCUGCUCAGUUUUGAGGGAGAAGAUGAUAAACCUUUACAGCCAUCCCCGACCGCGACUCGUCUACCGGCUACCCGCUCUGUAUUCGGAGUCGAUACCCUGUGGCAGAGAGAAAUGGCUAAGUUGAAAGAAAUGGAAGCAAGGGAACAGGAGGAACAAGCGGCUAGACGAGUAAAGGAAGAAGAAGAAGAAAACAGAAAACAGAAGAAGAAAGAAAAACGCAAAAAGAAAGAUAAAGACGUUUCAACUGUUGGCUCACCUGAGCAACUUGAACCAAUUGAGGAUGCUCAAAACAUUGCCCCGCCUCCUACACUCCCUGACAUACAACGCGCCACCCGAAGAGUGCCUGCCAAGCCAUCGGACUCUGAUAUCAGUUCGGAAAGUGACGACGAUGAACCAUCAAUUCAACCCAAACAAAAAGAACAAUCUUGGAAUGUGGAUUCUUCUGACGAAGAAGACACUGGGCCAAGGCGUACUACUGGGACUGGCCUUAGAUACCCAAAGCAGGCUCAUAAAACUAUUGCGCCUCGUAUGGACGACGUCAGCGAUGAGGAUUUGCCACUUGCGGCUACUAUCCAUAAGGCGGAAGCUCGUGCGAUGCUUCAAACUAGUGCCAAUGAGUUUGUUGAAUCCGAUGAUGAGGAUCGACCGUUGUCGCAUGUUCUUCUUCGAGCGAAAUCGGGCACAUCUCCUGUGAACUCUCAUAAACAACUUCGAAGUUUGACCUCGCCCGAUGACGAAGACGAUAAUCGACCUUUGGCCCUUCGAGCGUCGAGAAUUAAUCUUGGCCCCUCAGACGAAGACGAUAUGCCUCUUGCCUUCCAUCCUGAACAGCAGCGCAGGACUCAGUAUCAGAUGCUAGCUCAGCACCAUCAACAGCAACAGCAAAUGAUGAUACAGGCUCAAAUGCAAAGCAACAUCAUGAUGAAUGCCUCCAUGAUGGGACAAACCUUUUUUCCACCUCCAAUGAUAAAUCCCAUGAGUAUGAUGGGAAUGCAAGUACCAUUGUCUAUCCCAUCCCCACCUCCUAUUCAGGAUGACGCUAAGUUUGGACUGGUUGAUCGAUGGAGAAGAGAUGUAGUCAUUGAAGGAGAGCGUCCGUGA